UUGCUAACUUUCUUUAAUUCAAAUUGGUAUGUAGUGCUUGGUUAUAGCUUCUUUAGUUUUUAAAAGGGUUUGAAAACAAAAUAGUCUACAGUCGAGACAAUAAAAAGUCAAAGAAAUAUUUAAUAAAAAAAAAAGUCUGCAUAAGGAAAAUAGUACUGUCCGUAAAAAUGGGUGACCCAAAUUCUCGACGGAAUCAAACACGAAACCGACUCCGUGCCCAGCUACGGAAGAAACGGGAAUCUCUGGCUGAUCAGUUUGACUUCAAGAUCUACAUUGCCUUUGUAUUUAAGGAAAAGAAAAAGAAGUCCGCACUCUUUGAAGUAGCUGAGGUUGUACCUGUGAUGACCAACAACUAUGAGGAAAAUAUCCUUAAAGGCGUGAAGGAUUCGAGCUACUCCUUGGAGAGUUCUCUAGAGCUUCUCCAGAAAGAUGUGGUGCAGUUACACGCGCUGCGUUACCAGUCGAUGCGUAGAGAUGUGAUAGGUUGUACCCAGGAGAUGGACUUUAUCCUCUGGCCCCGCAACGAUAUUGAGAAAGUUGUCUGUCUCCUGUUCUCCAGAUGGAAAGGGGCUGAACAUGAACCAUUCAGGCCUGUUCAGGCCAAGUUCGAGUUUCAUCAUGGAGACUAUGAAAAGCAGUUUUUGCAUGCUGUUGGCCGGAAGGACAAGGCUGGGAUGGUUUUGAACAACCCCAAUCAGUCUGUCUUUCUCUUCAUGGACAGACAGCAUUUACAGACUCCAAAAACCAAGCUCACAGUUUUCAAGUUGUGCAGCCUCUGUCUCUACCUGCCACAGGACCAGCUCACCUGUUGGGGAGUGGGAGACAUCGAGGACCACCUCCGUCCAUACAUGCCUGACUAGGAGAAACGCACGGAAGACACCCCUCAAGGCCUCGAAGCAAGUUGUCCUUAUCUACACAUCCCUCAGUUGAAUAGAAUUGAACUUGUGCUUGGAACUCUCCUUUUUGUUAACCACUCAUUUUCAUCUUGAGAUUAAUUUAGCUCCCUUUCCUGUUUUUUUUGUUUUGUUUGUUCCUGUUUCCGUUUUUUGUUUUUUUAAAUCCCUCACCAAACAAUCUUGGUUUGGCUCAUCCCAUCUCCCCCCUCCCUCUUUGAUCAGUUUUUAUUUUGAAUCUGCAUGAACAUUGAUUUUGAGUGGUUGUUCUCUUGGAGCCGCACUGUCAACAAUACCAGUCACUGAAGGAACUCUUCACAUUAAGAAAAAAAAA